AGAAUAUAACACGGAUAAUAGAUACAGCUUGAUAAGACUCAGGCAGGAUUGUGAAGAGAAUGGGAUUCAGUGGUGUGAUGUUGUGGAUGCUUUUGCUUGGAAUUGCUGCACAGAAUGUUGUACAAGGAGAUGAUCUAACCAUCAGCGUGUAUACAGUCACCUCUAAAAGUGCAGUGCUGACCUGGAGUAAAUAUGUAGGCUCAUCCUCAUACAGACUCACAGCAUCACCUCGCAACUCUCCCGAUCCGUCCGUUUUCAGCAGCUUCAGCCAGAACACAGUCAUGGGUUCCAUCAGCACUCUGUCCCCCAACACUAAUUACAUUUUUAAAGUGGAGGCACUGGACAGUUCCAUGAGUGUGCUGGCUCAAAACAGCGUGAACGGAUGCACUGCUUCUGAUGUCCCCAUCAUCACUGCGGCUUCCUCCAAACAGAGCCAAAGCAUCACAGUAGAGUUCACACAAGUCUCAGGUGCCUCUUCGUACAUCCUGCGCACAGAGACCAGCAACGGCUCCUUCAUGUCAGAGACGUCUGUGCCAGGCUCUCCAGGGACGGUGUCCAGUUUGCAGCCUUACACCGACUACACUCUGAGCGUCAUGUCCGUCAACAGUUGUGGCAGAAGCCAGCCUUCAUCCACAGUCCAAGCAAAGACAGUUUUGGCUGCUCCUCUACUAAACAGCAGCUCCCCCAGUAACAGUAGCAUCGUGGUGACCUGGGCUCCAGUACCAAAUGCUGUGCUGUACAGCGUGAGCAUUAUUCGUGAUGACUCAUACCAACAGAGUCGCCUCAACACCAGCAACACCAACGUGACCUUCAGCAACCUGGAGGCCGGCACUAACUACUGCAUCAAAGCUAAUGCUUGGAGCCCACUAAGUGUGCCUGGGGAUGACUACACCAUCUGCCAGAUCACCCGUCCCCCUCCACCUCAGUCCAUUGUACUGCUGACCACGAUAGUGAACAAUGUCAUGGGUCUGUCGGUGUCCUGGAAUCCUGCUCAGGGAGCCAGUUGGUACAUAGCCGUGAGCUCGACUGGACUGAACUGCUCGUCUGCAUCAACUUCCUGUACUCUGAGCCCACUGAGCUGUGGACAGAUUCAUUAUAUCUCUGUUACUGCUUUCAACCAAGCUGGACCCAGCCAAUCCUCAGAGUCUCAGCGUUACAUUUCAUUCCCAUGUCCUCCAGAGCCAGUCCAUGUGAAUGACAUUGGAAAUGGUAACUGCUCCCUGUCCUGGAACUCUGUGUCUUACGUGGACUAUUACACCGCCUUCAGCAAGAGAGACGAUGGUAUCGAAGAGAUGUGUAACUCCAUGGGCACUUCCUGUAACUUCAGCUGCCACUGUGGCUACUCGUAUAUCAUGAGCGUGUUUGCUAAUAACCAAGCUGGAGCCAGUCCUCCAGGACGCAUCCUAAAUCAAACCACCUUGUCAUGCUGCCCAGAGAACUUGGUUGUGUCAGCAAUUUCCUGGGAGUCCCUGAUGAUGACAUGGACAGCAGUGCGUGGGGCAGACAUGUACAAGGUGCAAGCUGUGGACUCUUCUAACAACGCAGUGCUGUGUAAUGACACUUCGCCUGUGUGUGUGCUCUCUGGUCUCAACUGCAACACCAGGUACAAUGUCCUUGUCUUUCCCUGCAAUGAAGCACGCGGAUGUAAUCAUUCCUGCAGCCCCCAGACACAAGAAACAGCUCCCUGUAUGCCUGAUAGAGUGACUGUAAGUCCAAGUAACUCUUUGUCCAUCAACAUCACCUGGACAUCCACUAACAAAGUUGCCAACUACACGGUCACUGUGAUUGGAUCAGCAGAUGGCCCCUUCACCUGUCAAUCAAAUACAACAUACUGUCAGGUUAACGGAUUAUCUUGUGGCUCUUCCUAUCAGGUCACCUCCAUCGCCUCCACUGCUGCUGGACUUAGCAUGCCCAGCUACAGCAUCUUCUUCCAGACAGCUCCGUGUUGUCCAGCCACUUUGAACGUCACUCAGGUGACCCAGGCGAUGAGUAAUGUUACCUGGUCAGCUGCUCAGGGAGCUCAGUUUUUUAUGGCAUCACUGACCUCAUCGCGAGGCAACGCCACGUGUCGCACCAUGCAGACCAAGUGCCUGAUGGGUUGCAUCACUUGUGGAACAAACUACACUGUCUCACUACAGGCCAUCAACUCCAAGGGAAACACAGCAGUAUGCAUGUACCAUGGCUUCUCCACCAGUGAGUGCUGUCCUUCAAGAAUCCGUCUUUAUACACGCUUCAAUAAUACUCUGCGUGUUUCAUGGUGGUCCUCGAGCUCCCUCAGUAACUUCACAGCCCAGGUGACAGGCGGAAGCCGGGCCCAUACCUGCAGUCCAGCACCAGGAGAGAGCAUGUGUGACGUGUCAGAAGUCACGUGUGGUGAUGUGUACACAGUCAUGGUGGCACCCAUGAACCCAGAUAGAACAGUGGUGCCUUUCUGUCCCAGUAGGACAUACUCUGUUUAUUGCUCAGGCAGCGAUGUCGGAAUGGUACUCUAUCGAGGCAAGAGAAGUCUGGAUUAAGAAAGGCUUCAUCUGACAUCAGACCAAAGAGCACAACUGCACACUUCUGCUUAAUAUCCUCAACCCCACAUUAACAACUCAUACUAAUACACAAUCCUCCUGUCAUAUUCAAGUGAUACAGUAAUUAGGAUAUAUGUAUAUUGAUAAGUAUUUGUGCCUUAGUGCUAGACACCAUGUAUUUAAUACCGUUCAAAGCCAUUAAAUGUGUGUAUUCAAAGGUAAUUAUUAGCUCAACUACCCGAAAGCAAAUGAAAUCAAUGUAUUCAUGUUAUGUACGUAAAAUGAGGUUUAAAUUAUAUGGUUUAUGUGUUUUAUGUGUUUGUUGGGCCACACAAACUUAGCUUGGAAUGUGUAUUUACUGUACUUAUGUCGGUAGAAAUAUAUACCAGAUUUAAAUGAAAUGCACAUAAUUCAGGUAUCCCAAAAUGUUCUCAGGGUAAUGUCCAUUUUUUUUCUUUGUUCUAUUAAUGCCAGAAAUAUGAGUAUGUUUAUAGAGGAGCAUAGCAUAACAAAAAAGUUAAAUAAGAAAAGAAAAGUUAAAGCAAAGAGAUCCAACUAAUAUGGUAAUU